UUUGGACCGUUCGUGAAGCCUUCAGUUUCAAUACCUGCACUGAAAUGUUUGCCAUACCUUUCCGGAUGGCACAUGAACAUAAUGAUUAUUUUUUGUAACCUCCGAAGAAUUCGAACUGCGUGGGGUCGAAAGGACCGCCUGGGAUAUGACCUCCGCGUUCCAUCACGAUGCCACGUCUGAUAGCUUUUUCUGCCUCUGCGAACUCCCCACGCUUGAUGGAUUCGGCAGCGGAGGUGAUUUGAUCUGCAACAGUCGUGCGCUUGUCAACAUUGGAUACCUUAAAUCAAUCAGCAUCCAAAGAGAUCAUCAACUUCAUAUAUAUUCCCUAGAUAUAUUUACAGGAGCUGUAAGUGCACAACCGAUUGCUGCGAGGAUGACAAUGGAAAUCUUCAUGGCGGAAUAUUAGGGUGAGAAAGGAUGUAGAAUAAGCGUAUUUCAAGUAAAUGAUGUAGAAGAUGAGACUUGCUGUAGCGGCUUCUCGUGCUCUGUUAUGUGGGCAGAGGCUGACUAUUUAUGCCUUUAUUUCACGAAGGAUGAUGCCUUGUGACCAGCUUCGUAAUUGAAAAUUUCAAGAUUACAGAUCCUUGUUGGAUCUUCUAACAGACUUCCUACACAUAUAGCCCUGUUGUGACUGAUAAGUUGGCAGCAGGGUUGGUUAUAAGCACUAACGCUGUACAAGAUUUCUUUCAUGCAAUGCGACAUGCUUUGUUGUUCCCUUUGCCACGAUUUGACUCAGUACUAAGGUCUUCCACGAUACUCCCGGUUAAUGACCAUCUCCACUCGUGUAAUGUGCAGGUGUAGUAAGCCUUGAAACGACCACAAUCAGCAUUUAUGUUCCGUGAAACUAUACUCGGAAACCAGAUACAUUGCU